CUCCCCCGCCCUCCCAGCGAAGGAGGCGGGCUUUGGCCUCUUGCCUUAGGGAAGCGAGUGCGGAGGGAGUGGGAGCGAGACGGCCCGAGCGCAAGUGCCUGCCUGGCUUCCCGGCGAGGCCCAGCCGUCCGUCCCGCCGCCCAUGAGCUCGUUGCUCCGCGAGCAGCUCCGUCGUUAGGCCGUCACUCUCUGGUCCGCCCUCCCCCUCCCCUCACUCCCUCCCCGGGACAGGCACCACCCACCACCACCCACCACCCACCACCCACCCCAUCCCGUCCAGCCGGGGGGGGGGAACCGGACAUCGUGUCGAAGCGCCUUCCCCAGUCCGUGUCGCGCUGCGACCCUGGAAGCGGGCGCCGCCGCCAACGAGAGGAGGAGCCCCGGCCGCCGCGGGCCCCAGCAGCCACCGAGCCAGCAGGCGGGAUCGAGGCCGGCAACAUGGCGAGCGCUUCGUACCACAUCUCCAACUUGCUGGAGAAAAUGACAUCCAGCGACAAGGACUUCAGGUUUAUGGCGACAAAUGACUUGAUGACAGAGCUGCAGAAAGACUCCAUCAAGCUGGAUGACGACAGCGAGAGGAAAGUGGUGAAGAUGAUCCUGAAGCUGCUCGAAGAUAAGAAUGGGGAAGUACAGAACUUGGCUGUCAAGUGUCUUGGCCCUUUAGUGAGUAAAGUUAAAGAGUACCAAGUGGAGACGAUCGUUGACACCCUCUGCACAAACAUGCUUUCCGACAAGGAGCAGCUGCGGGAUAUUUCCAGCAUUGGCCUUAAAACGGUCAUUGGAGAACUUCCUCCGGCUUCCAGUGGCUCCGCACUAGCUGCUAAUGUGUGUAAGAAGAUUACUGGACGCCUGACCAGCGCAAUAGCAAAGCAGGAAGAUGUCUCUGUCCAGCUCGAGGCCUUGGAUAUUAUGGCCGAUAUGCUGAGCAGGCAAGGAGGACUUCUUGUAAAUUUCCAUCCUUCAAUUCUGACCUGUCUACUCCCCCAGCUGACGAGUCCUAGACUUGCAGUGAGGAAAAGAACCAUUAUUGCUCUUGGUCAUCUAGUUAUGAGCUGUGGGAACAUAGUUUUUGUAGACCUCAUUGAACACCUGUUGUCAGAGUUGUCCAAAAAUGACUCCAUGUCAACAACAAGGACCUACAUCCAAUGUAUUGCUGCUAUUAGUAGGCAAGCUGGCCAUAGAAUAGGUGAAUACCUUGAGAAGAUAAUUCCUUUGGUGGUAAAAUUUUGUAAUGUAGAUGAUGAUGAAUUAAGAGAAUACUGCAUUCAAGCUUUUGAAUCAUUUGUGAGAAGAUGCCCUAAGGAAGUUUAUCCUCAUGUUUCUACCAUUAUAAACAUUUGUCUAAAGUAUCUUACCUAUGAUCCAAAUUACAAUUAUGAUGAUGAAGAUGAAGAUGAAAAUGCUAUGGAUGCUGAUGGUGGAGAUGAUGACGAUCAAGGGAGUGAUGAUGAAUACAGUGAUGAUGAUGACAUGAGCUGGAAAGUGAGACGCGCAGCUGCUAAGUGCCUGGAUGCCGUAGUUAGCACAAGGCAUGAAAUGCUACCCGAGUUCUACAAGACCGUCUCUCCUGCGCUGAUAUCCAGGUUUAAAGAGCGCGAAGAGAAUGUAAAGGCAGAUGUUUUUCAUGCGUACCUUUCUCUUUUGAAGCAAACUCGUCCUGUGCAGAGUUGGCUGUGUGACCCUGAUGCAAUGGAACAGGGAGAAACACCCUUAACAAUGCUUCAGAGUCAGGUUCCCAACAUCGUUAAAGCUCUGCACAAACAGAUGAAAGAAAAAAGUGUAAAGACCCGACAGUGUUGUUUUAACAUGUUAACUGAACUGGUGAAUGUAUUACCUGGAGCACUAACACAGCACAUCCCUGUACUUGUACCAGGAAUCAUUUUCUCACUGAAUGAUAAAUCCAGCUCAUCGAAUUUGAAGAUUGAUGCACUGUCAUGCCUCUACGUAAUCCUCUGUAACCACUCCCCUCAAGUGUUCCAUCCUCACGUGCAGGCUUUGGUCCCUCCGGUGGUGGCUUGUGUUGGAGACCCAUUUUACAAGAUCACAUCAGAAGCACUUCUUGUCACUCAGCAGCUUGUUAAAGUGAUCCGCCCUUUAGAUCAGCCUUCCUCAUUUGAUGCAACUCCUUACAUCAAAGAUCUGUUUACCUGUACAAUUAAGCGGUUAAAAGCAGCUGAUAUUGACCAGGAAGUCAAGGAAAGGGCUAUUUCCUGUAUGGGACAAAUUAUUUGCAACCUUGGAGACAAUUUGGGGCCUGACUUAUCAAAUACACUUCAGAUCUUCUUGGAGAGACUCAAGAAUGAAAUUACCCGGCUAACUACAGUGAAAGCGUUGACACUGAUUGCCGGGUCACCUUUGAAGAUAGACUUGAGGCCUGUCCUGGGAGAAGGAGUUCCCAUCCUUGCUUCGUUUCUCAGGAAAAAUCAGAGAGCUUUGAAACUGGGGACCCUUUCGGCCCUAGAUAUUCUGAUUAAAAACUACAGUGACAGCUUGACGAGCGCCAUGAUCGAUGCGGUCCUCGACGAGCUCCCUCCUCUCAUCAGCGAAAGUGACAUGCAUGUUUCGCAGAUGGCCAUCAGCUUUCUUACUACCCUGGCAAAAGUCUAUCCCUCUUCCCUUUCAAAGAUAAGUGGAGCUAUUCUCAAUGAACUGAUCGGACUUGUGAGAUCACCUCUACUGCAGGGCGGAGCUCUUAGUGCCAUGCUAGACUUUUUCCAAGCUCUGGUUGUUACUGGAACAAACAAUCUAGGAUACAUGGAUUUAUUGCGCAUGCUGACUGGUCCAGUUUACUCUCAGAGCACAGCUCUCACACAUAAGCAGUCUUAUUAUUCCAUUGCCAAAUGUGUAGCUGCCCUUACCCGAGCAUGCCCUAAAGAGGGACCUGCUGUAGUGGGUCAGUUUAUUCAAGAUGUCAAGAAUUCAAGGUCUACAGAUUCUAUUCGUCUCUUAGCACUCCUUUCUCUUGGAGAAGUUGGACAUCAUAUUGACUUAAGUGGGCAGUUGGAAUUGAAAUCUGUAAUAUUAGAGGCUUUCUCAUCUCCUAGUGAAGAAGUGAAAUCAGCUGCAUCCUACGCACUAGGCAGCAUUAGUGUAGGCAACCUUCCUGAGUAUCUGCCAUUUGUACUACAAGAAAUAACCAGUCAGCCCAAGAGGCAAUACCUUCUGCUUCAUUCCUUGAAAGAGAUCAUCAGCUCUGCGUCAGUGGCCGGCCUUAAGCCGUAUGUUGAGAACAUCUGGGCCUUGCUGCUAAAGCACUGUGAAUGUGCAGAGGAAGGCACCAGAAACGUUGUCGCUGAAUGUCUAGGGAAGCUCACUCUUAUAGAUCCUGAAACGCUCCUUCCUCGGCUUAAAGGGUAUUUGAUAUCAGGGUCUUCAUAUGCCCGAAGCUCAGUGGUUACAGCUGUGAAGUUUACUAUUUCUGAUCAUCCUCAGCCCAUUGAUCCCCUGUUAAAGAACUGCAUAGGUGAUUUUCUAAAAACUUUGGAAGACCCAGAUUUGAAUGUAAGAAGAGUGGCCUUGGUCACAUUCAAUUCUGCAGCCCACAACAAGCCAUCACUGAUACGGGAUCUUCUGGACUCUGUUCUCCCGCAUCUUUACAAUGAGACAAAAGUUAGGAAGGAGCUUAUACGAGAGGUAGAGAUGGGUCCAUUCAAACACACGGUUGAUGACGGUCUGGACAUCCGAAAAGCAGCUUUCGAGUGCAUGUAUACACUUCUCGACAGCUGUCUCGAUAGAUUGGAUAUCUUUGAGUUUCUAAAUCAUGUGGAAGAUGGGUUGAAGGACCAUUAUGAUAUUAAGAUGCUAACAUUUUUAAUGUUGGUGCGACUGUCUACCCUUUGUCCAAGUGCAGUACUACAAAGGUUGGACCGACUUGUUGAGCCGCUGCGCGCUACAUGUACAACCAAGGUAAAGGCAAACUCUGUAAAGCAGGAGUUCGAAAAGCAAGAUGAGCUAAAGCGAUCCGCCAUGAGGGCAGUGGCAGCAUUGUUAACCAUUCCCGAAGCAGAGAAGAGCCCACUCAUGAGUGAAUUCCAGUCACAGAUCAGCUCUAACCCGGAGCUGGCGGCCAUCUUUGAAAGUAUCCAAAAAGAUUCGUCAUCCACUAAUUUGGAAUCAAUGGACACUAGUUAGAUGUGUGUUCCACAUGGGACCAUUACAUUUGACCGCACAAUGCACUGAAUUGACAAGUUGACCAUAGACACGGAAGAGAAGUGUCUAGAAGCUUCAGGAUGUUCCGCUUUUAUUUUCCUCCAUGGAGAGUUUGUUCAGCUUUCUUCCAUUGUUGUUUUUAUAGCAUUUACUUCAGAAAUCUGUAUUUCCAUAAUCCAGAGGUUGUAAAACCACUAAUGUUUUUAGUGGUUAGGGCAACAUUUGAAAUGGGAACUAAAGUUAGGAUUUAUGGAAUGUGGAGAUAGGGUCCAGUAUCUGUUUGCCCUGUAAUGUGUAGGAUUAAAAUGUUAAAACUUUGUGACCAUGGAUUUCUUGUUUUAUAAAUUCUCAUUUAAAAUCAGUUCUUCAACACACACAAAAAAAAACAUGUUUCUUUCCUUGUAUAACCUCUUCUUUCAGCAACAGGCAGAUUUUUAACAGGCAGAUAAGAAUAUCCAUUUAAAAUGUUAUAUUUCAGAGAUUGGCAUCUUAGCAAAGAUAAUAAAGUAUCACUUAAGUAUAAGGCUUAACAAUAUCCCCUGUGCACACUGAUUUUUGCAUGAACAGGGUUACAAAUAAGUAUUGUCUGUAACAGCAUGUGCAGAUUAUUCACAAUACCAGUUAAAAUAAGCAUUAAUGCAAUUUUCAGAUACUUUUGCACAGAAAACAUCUGGUGAGAGAGGAGUUAAUGUUGAAACUAGUUUCCUAACCAACCAGUAUGAGUUUAUAGAUCAUUUCAGCAAAUCAAGUUACAGCAAUUUGCAACUUUUUCUAUUCUAAAUUAUCUUCACAUUUAAGUACUUAGUUUUUCUGGGUUCCCCGUGUAUGCGUGUGUUUCCUCAAACACUGGUUCAUUCCUGUUGAGUGUCUGCCUUUGUUCCUGAAGGAUAGACACCUCACCUAUGCUCGCAAGGUUCCUUUUCAGGACAUUCUGAAGCUGGCCACCUCUCACUUUGUUAGCUGCAGCUUUCUCGUAAUUGAGUUACAGUCCCUCCCUCCCCAGCCGUCUCUUGUCAAGCUAACCUCCAUAUUGUCUUUGGUAAGUGUUGACUGUUUGCUGGGGGAGCAAAGCUUUUGCAGUUCUUUCUGUUGUAGCUGAAGUUUGAUCUAACAUUCCAUGAAGCUCAUUUCACACUGUAGCUCCUUCAGAUUGUGGUGCUCCUGUUAACAGUAAGAGCUGUUCUGAAAUAAAGACAUCUCUCCAUGCUGUGCAGAUGGAGUUUACAUGCAUCGAAAGGGGGCAGUUGUUUGAUCGGGUGAGCAGUUUCAAGUAAUUGGUUUACAAACGGCACCGUUAGAUAUAAAACUGUGAAUGAACUAAAAUACUUCUCCAGUUAUCAAACUUAGGUGCUGUAGUAGUAAAAUGCAGAGUUGUUUUAGGUGGUAACAGACUGGCUAUUCUAGAACAGCUUGGCUCUGAAUGCCAGAUGCUGCAGAAGACAUUGGUACUGGUGAGCAGUUCCAUUAUACAUUGGCUUGGGACAUUAUUAGAAGUUGGUGCCAUGUCAAAAUACGGCAGGUAACAAAUUUUAUACCAUAAUUUGCAUAAAGCUAAUAGUUUAGUGGAUUGUGGACUAUGCAUUACUAUGGUAUAGAUGAGGAUAUAGUUAAGAUUUGGGUUAAUGGUUUCACAGUUAGUUACAUCAGGCUCUAGGACUGAAUAAAAUUGUGACAGUCAUGUGUGCUGUGACUGUCCUAGUUAAUUACCUAAAGUUAAACCCAUGUACUUUCAUUGGGUUUUUCCUUGGUUUGUCUUGAACUCAAGGUACAUGUUACAUCGUUUUGUUUUUCUGUUUUGAGUCUUGCAAGUCAGCUCAUUUUCCUCCAUUGAUAAAUUCUUUUCCGAAGAAAAUGCUGCUUUAAUAGUCCACUACCUAUACAUACAGAGCAGAGGAAUGAUAUCUAUACACAGGCCAUCAGAAGAAUGUCAGGUUUCAGUGCUGAGCCACACUAAUGCGCUGGUGAUGUGGUCAGAUCUGAAAUGAAGUAGUAAAGAAUGGAAUCCAGACACAUCACCACUCCCACCAGAACGGUAGGGCUCUGCCUGGCAGCUCUCUACCUGGGAGGUUCCUAGAAGUCAGUAGUGUGAGAGCAGGCUGUUGGCACUUUCUAUGAAUACAUUGAAGUUAGUUUAAAACUAUCUGAAAUUAUUUUAAAAGAAAACUCAAUGUGCAUUGAGUUUUAGGUUUAGACUGUCUUAGGAAAUUUAGGAAGAAGUCUAACAAGAGUUAUUUAUAAAGUUAGUAGGAUUGAGUGCUACUAUUCAUAUAUUUUGUUAGUGAUAUCUAAAAGCUGCUUAACUACUAGCAGAAUUCUUAAGAGAUUGGAAUAUGAUGGCUUUGUUAAAUGUUUGUAUAUUUACAUGAAAUAAUCAUAAUUAAGCAACCAAAUGAGUCCUUUGUAAUCUACACAUUCCUUGUGUAAACAGUAACACAGGGAUAUACACAAUUAACUUCUAGGAUGUUUGGCUAUUUUUGUAUCUAGCUCAGCCUUGGAUAUACGUCAUGAUUGAAGUUCAAAAUGGUGAAGUAUAUAAAAUCCUCAGCUGCUGAAGAAUUUGUUUAAUUUAAUUUGUUCAUAUGUCUUCAGAGCCACGUUCAGUUAUGUGAUGAAAUUUAUAGUAAUGCUUCGUAAUGGAAGUGAUAUUUUCUUCUCACGUUAAAUUUGAGAAUCUUCAGGAGGCUGACACAGGAUCAUGAGUUCAAGGACCGCUUGGGCUACAUAACAAGACCCUUUCUCAAACGGGUGUGUGUGUAUGUGCGAGUGUGUAAACCUAAGUUGUCAAAAUUAAAUUUUUGAUAUUUGGAUGUGGAAGCUUCCAAGAAAAAUUCAAAUUGUACCCUUUAUUCAAAAUUUCAUUUUUACUUUUAAGUUACUGUCUUCUUUAAUUUCUGUUGAGUUGAAAAAUUGACAUUUGGUUGAAAAAAUAGUACGCAAUAGAAGUGUGCCAGCAGCUAUCCAGAGCUCACCAGAUAAAGCUGUUUUCUUAGGAAAAACACAAAGUGGUAUUUAUUUUUCCCUUUUCAGUACAAGAGUAGCUUGUUUUCCUAGUAAUACUAAUAAAGAUUUUGUGAAGACCUGUAUUAUGCUCUAGGGCUUUUGGGUUUCAGUAACAUGGUGGUUUCUAUGUUGGAAAACUAGCAUAGCAUCCCAAAAAGGAUUUCAUUUUCUUGGGGCAUUUUAACAACCAACUCUGAAAAUGCCAUAGAGGUGAUGUAUGUGAUUAUUUCCUGCUAGACCUACAGCAUCAGUGAGUCCAAUUCUGAAAGAUUUUAUUUAGUAGAUUAAAGCUCUGUGUUGGGGCCUUCAGACCUUUCAUUCUGAUAUCAGAUCUCUGCGUUAGUUUUGGAAUGUUUGUUUUGCUCAGGUCUUCACAAGAGAGAGAAUGGAGAGAAAACUUACUUGAAACAAAGUCCCUUACAGAUGAAGGAGAAUUGGAAUUAGCAUUAUUUAGCCACUUGGUAGUAGUGGGUGCUCCUUGAGUGACUUGGGAAUGCUCACACACGGAUGAAAAGCUAUGGAGUUGUACUCUGUAUGAUACCACGGCAGCCCCUUGUUGACCAUUUUGUAAUAAGCUAUUAUCUGAAAAGUUACUUUGCUUGUUUCAUAGAUUUUUUUUUUUCACGUUUAAACAAAACUGCAACUGCUUGCUUAGGUGAGGGCAGCUAAAUGUGAAUGUACCUGUACAAGUGUAAGACAUGUAUUUGCUUGCAAUCAUUGCCACAUGUAAACCAAGCAAGGCUUUCCUAAGAGAUGCGGAAAUAAACUCCUGGUUCCUUAUUCUAGAAAUAAAA